UGCUCGAUGGAAGCUUCAAAUAUAAAUGGAGAUGAACUAGUAUCAAUUUUUGAUAAGAAAUGUACAAUGUCUGCUAAGGAAGCUCCUACAUCUGGACCUCAUUCUAUAACGAUUUGUAAAUCUGAGUCAGGGUUUGGUUUUAAUGUAAAAGGUCAAGUGAGCGAAGGAGGUCAACUACGUUUUUAUUGCGGCCAGUUAUAUGCACCACUACAGCAUGUUAGUGCCGUGUUGCAUGGUGGGGCAGCUUACAAGGCUGGAUUACGUCAAGGCGAUCGGAUUGUUGAAGUAAAUGGUGUUAAUGUGGAAGGUGCUAAUCAUCGUCAAGUUGUUGAACUGAUAAAAGCGGGUGACUUGAUUUGCUUGUUAUUACUGCUCCUAUGGACAAUUCUGACUCAUCAGCUAAUUGUUGUGGUUAUAAUGGUGCUAGCGCCACUUACGAUGAUCACAACAGCGUUAACAAUGAUAUCACUUCCCAUCACUAUACCCAAUUACCAGACAGUAAGUACGGAAGAUGAACAGUUUGUUGCCUAUUCGAUUCAUAUGGCCGGUCGUCAUUUGGGUUCGCGUCGUUUCAGCGAGUUUCUUCAACUUAACAAAUUGCUCAAAGAAGAAUUUUCUGAUUUUUCCUUUCCAAAAUUACCAAACAGGUGGCCUUUUCGCAUGUCAGAACAACAACUAGAUGGACGUAGACGUUUACUUGAACAGUAUUUGGAGAAAAUUUGUGCUGUAAAAGUUAUAGCUGAUUGCGAAAUUGUUCAGGAAUUUCUUAUGGAAGAUUCUAGUUCAAGUAGUCCAGUUUUGAAUGUUUCUCUUCGUCUAAUUGUUUGCGGUGAAACACUUACAUUAAAUAUUAAAAGACAUAGUGACACACAUCAAGUUUAUCAACAAGUAUUGGAACAUCUCAAAUUAUCCCCUAGAGCAGCAGCUAAUUGUGCGCUUUUUGAAAUGAUCGAUGACACUCACUUUCGUCGUUUACAUGAACGGGAAUGCCCUCAUAAUAUUUAUAUUCAAAAUUAUUCUUCUGCCGCAAGCUCUUGCAUUGUUCUACGCAAAUGGUGUUUUGAUGUGAGCACUGAAGAAAAGCUUUGCGAACUUGACAGUCGAUUUAAAGCAAUAUGCUUUCACCAAGCAGUGGAGGAUAUUAAUUGUGGCAGUAUUCGAGCAGGUGAAAAGCUUUAUCAACUGAAAGCUUUGCAAAGGGAUGAUCGCUGCGAUCAGUACUUGAACUUGGCACGUCAACUUGAAGGCUAUUCAAGUAUUUCGUUUCCACAAUGUCAAUUUGAAGUACCAGAAACUGAAGAAGGUCUUGCCGUACUUACCGUCGAUAUGAAAAUUGUUUCAUUGAAGGUUCAAAAAGAUCAUGUUCAAAAGGGACGUACUAUUAGCUUGAAAUGGUCUAACAUUAUUGGAUACUCUGUUUUUCCUGAGAGCCAUGUGUUUCAACUCAAAUAUUUUCGCGGCGAUUCCGAGAAAGAACUCAACCUCAUCUCAGUUUUUUGUGAAUCUAUAUUUGAUGUGUUCAAUCGUGUCUCAGCUGAAUUGAAGGCCAGUUCUUCUAAUGUUGAUUAA